AUGUUGGCACCAUACUGGACAUACCUCUUAUGUGCCCUGGGACUCUUUAUCUACCAGUCACUGGAUGCUAUUGAUGGGAAGCAAGCCAGAAGAACAAAUUCUUGUUCUCCCUUAGGGGAGCUCUUUGACCAUGGUUGUGACUCUCUUUCCACAGUGUUUAUGGCCAUUGGAGCUUCAAUUGCUGUUCGUUUAGGAACUCAUCCAGACUGGUUGUUUUUCUGCUCAUUUAUUGGAAUGUUCAUGUUUUACUGUGCUCAUUGGCAAACGUAUGUUUCCGGCGUGUUGAGGUUUGGAAAAGUGGAUGUAACUGAAAUUCAGGUAGCUUUAAUAAUCAUCUUUGUGUUGUCUACAUUUGGAGGAGCAACAAUGUGGGACUAUACGAUACCCAUUUUGGAAAUUAAAUGGAAGAUCUUUCCAGUUCUUGGAGUAGUGGGUGGAGCAAUAUUUUCCUGUUCCAAUUAUUUCCAUGUUAUCCUCCAUGGUGGUGUUGGCAAGAAUGGAUCCACAAUAGCAGGCACCAGUGUCUUGUCACCUGGACUCCACAUAGGACUAAUUAUCAUACUGGCAAUAAUGAUUUAUAAAAAGUCUGCAAGUAAUGUAUUUGAAAAACAUCCUUGUCUUUAUACCCUAAUGUUUGGAUGCGUCUUUGCUAAAAUCGCACAAAAAUUGGUGGUAGCUCACAUGACCAAAAGUGAACUAUAUCUUCAAGACUCGGUGUUUAUCGGGCCAGGUCUUUUAUUUUUAGACCAGUAUUUUAGUAAUUUUGUAGACGAAUAUAUUGUCCUAUGGGUAGCAAUGGUCUUUGCUUCAUUUGAUAUGACAACAUACUUUAGUGCUUUGUGCCUGCAAAUUUCAAGACACCUUCAUAUAAGUAUAUUCAAGACUUCAUGUCAUCAAGCACCUGAACAGGUUCACAAGCAUAUUGACUAAUAGCCCAAGGAGAAGAGGAGAAGCAGUUAGGGGAAACUAUGGGUGAAGGAUAUACCCCCCUUUGCAGGAGGUUCAAGUUCUUUCUUCAAAGAGUCAUCAGAAUAACAAGGAAUGAAGAGACUUUCGAACACGUGCCUUCUCUUGCUGCUGCUGUUAAAUGAAGAGAGAUAUUAAACACUUGUUUAAUAUUUAGUUAAGUGUUAUGCAUAUUUCAGCAAAUAAAAUAUCUCAAUGUCUAAA